GUCUCUGCGGCCGCUCGGGCGGGCGCUUCCAUCCUGGUAUUUCGGAGCCUCCAUCCUGGUUUCUUCAAGUGCCCGGACCCAAAACAGGAAGUCUGAGUAUGAGCACAGCUGAAGAAGAGUCUGACACAGUGACAGUAGAAACCGUGAAUUCUGUGACUUUGACCCAAGACACUGAAGGGAACCUUAUACUUCACUGCCCACAGGAUGAGACAGAUGGAGUAGACUCUGAAGACAGCACCGAACCUCCACACAAAAGGCUCUGCUUAUCGUCUGAAGAUGACCAGAGUAUGGAUGAUACCACUCCGUGCAUUUCUGUUGUUGCCGUUCCACUUUCCGAAAGUGAUCAGAGCUUUGAGGUGACCAUGACUGCUACCACCGAAGUGGCUGAUAGCGAUCUUAACGAGGGAACUGUUACUCAGAUCCAGAUUCUCCAGAAUGAACAACUGGAUGAAAUCUCUUCUCUAAGCAAUGAAGAAGUAUCAGCAGUUAGUCAGGCUUGGUUUACAACCAAAGAGGAUAAGGAUUCUCUCACAAACAAGGGCCAUAAAUGGAAGCAGGGAAUGUGGUCGAAGGAAGAAAUCGACAUUUUGAUGAGUAACAUUGAGCGUUACUUAAAGGCACGUGGAAUAAAAGAUGCCACAGAAAUCAUCUUUGAGAUGUCAAAAGAUGAAAGGAAAGAUUUCUACAGGACCAUUGCGUGGGGUCUGAAUCGGCCUCUCUUUGCUGUUUAUAGACGAGUCCUCCGUAUGUAUGAUGACCGGAACCACGUUGGCAAGUAUACGUCUGAAGAAAUCGAGAAACUGAAGGAGCUAAGGAUUAAGCACGGCAACGACUGGGCGACAAUAGGAGCUGCCCUUGGCAGAAGUGCUUCUUCUGUGAAAGACCGAUGCAGGCUGAUGAAGGAUACCUGCAACACAGGGAAGUGGACGGAAGAAGAAGAAAAGAGGCUGGCUGAAGUGGUCCACGAGUUAACCAGCACGGAGCCCGGGGACAUCGUCACGCAAGGCGUGUCCUGGGCUGCGGUGGCAGAACGGGUCGGGACCCGGUCUGAAAAGCAGUGCCGCUCCAAGUGGCUGAACUACCUGAACUGGAAGCAGAGCGGAGGCACAGAGUGGACCAAGGAAGAUGAGAUCAACCUCAUCCUGAGAAUAGCAGAGCUAGAAGUAGCUGAUGAAAAUGAUAUCAACUGGGAUCUGCUGGCCGAGGGCUGGAGCAGCGUACGCUCACCCCAGUGGCUUCGCAGUAAAUGGUGGACGAUCAAGAGACAGAUUGCAAACCACAAAGAAGUUUCAUUUCCCGUUCUUAUAAAAGGUCUGAAGCAGCUUCACGAGAGCCAGAAAACCACUCUGGGGCACCAGCUUUCCGAGAACAAGUCUUUACCCGGGCUGCCCAACUCUCAUUCUGGUUCUGGGGUUCAGCACGUCCAGAUCCGAGUGGCUCGCUUGGACGAGAAUGCCGGUGGCUCGCCAAGCCCCAUGGCAGCACUGCAGAUCCCCGUCCAGAUCACUCACGUCUCCUCUGCUGAUUCCCCAGCUGCUUCUGUGGACUCGGACACGAUAACACUGAACAGCGGAACGCUACAGACCUUUGAGAUUCUGCCUUCUUUCCACCUCCAGCCUACGGGGACGCCAGGCACUUACUUAUUGCAAACAAGUUCCAACCAGGGGCUGCCUUUGACGCUGACCACCAGCCCAACAGUGACUUUAACAGCUGGAGCUGCCCCGGCCUCCCCUGACCAGAUCAUUGUGCACGCCUUAUCCCCAGAACACUUGCUGAAUACAAACGACAACGUCACUGUGCAGUGCCAUGCACCGAGCGUCAUAAUCCGCACUGUCGCAGCAGAGGAAAUCUCACCCUCCGUAAGCCAGGCAGAACUGACCGUGGAUUCGGAAAUCCAGCCCGUCGACCUGGUGGACCCUGCCGCCUCCCUGGAAGCAGACGCUUUCCCCGAUGACCUCCCCCAGCCCAAGCUGGCUGACGAAGUGCGGUCCGCGUACAGCGAAGACGACGCCUCCAAAUUUGUGGGCGGAAGUAGCGCUGAACUCAUAGACAGUGUCACGGCGAGAGCCGGAGAACAGGUUUUAGAUGCGGACCUCAAAUGCGAAGAGGGCGCGUGUCAGUCCCAUUUUGCUGGCGCUUACGUCUCAGAGGACUUGGCAUCUCCCACCACAGAAGAACCAGUUGAGCAGUCCGGCAUGGACGAAACCGUCCUGAUAGUCCCUUCUCCCCGUGGUUUUAUCCAGACGUCAGAUGAUAUGGACAGUGAAUCAGUCUUGCCUCUAACAACACUAACAGAUCCUAUACUGCAACACCAUGGAGAAAACUCCCAUAUAAUUGGCUCCUCCUUGGACAGUCCCGAUUCUGAAGACUCAAAGGAUGUGGAGGAUCUUGUGAGCUGUCAUUAAACACGCCCUGUGCUGUGGCACCCAUUUGUGAUAUG